UUUAUAUGCACUUUUGGAACUGCAUGCUUGCAACGGCAGAGUGGCUACGGCCUUAACUUGUUCCAGUGAUUAUUCCUGAAAUACAGUCUGUUCCUCAUACGGAGUGUGUAUCUUGGAAACUGAAAAGAUGAAUAGAAAGUCAUCCACUGAAGACAAUGGAGCAGAUACAAAUGAGCAUCCAAUGCUUUCCAAUGAACCCAUGGGUGAGAAAGAAAAAAAGGUGGAAUUGGGGAAGAAAGUGACACUUCUAUCUGGGAUUUCGGUCAUUGUUGGGACCAUAAUUGGAGCUGGGAUCUUCAUCUCUCCAAAAGGAAUCCUUAAACACUCAGGCAGUGUUGGAAUGUCUCUGAUAGUGUGGAUCGCUUGCGGUGUGCUUUCACUGUUUGGAGCCUUGUCCUAUGCUGAACUGGGAACUUGUAUUAAGAAGUCUGGUGGGCAUUACACAUACUUACUGGAGGCUUUUGGUCCGCAUGUGGCUUUUAUUAAACUGUGGACCGAUCUCACUGCUAUCAGGCCUGCUGGGAUGGCAGUAAUCUGUCUGGCUUUUGGCCAGUACAUACUGGAACCUUUGUUUAUGCCAUGUGAUGUUCCACCUAUUGCCAUCAAAUUGGCAGCAGCCAUUGGCCUCACCUCGGUAAUGUACACAAAUAGUAUGAGUGUGAGGUGGACAGCACGGAUUCAAAUCUUCUUCACCCUCUGCAAGCUGGUGGCCAUCAGCACCAUCAUAGUUCCUGGAGUAUACCAGUUCUUCAAAGGGGAGACACACAACUUUAAGAAAGCCUUUCAACUGGACAACAUGAAGGUGUCAACUUUACCUUUGGCUUUCUACUCUGGAAUGUAUGCAUACGCUGGAUGGUUCUACCUAAAUUUUGUUACAGAGGAAAUUGAUAAUCCUGAAAGGACAGUGCCCCUGGCUAUCUGUAGCUCCAUGGCAAUUGUGACAACCUGCUAUGUGCUGGUUAAUGUGGCAUACUACACAGUGAUGUCAGUUGAGGAGCUCCUGGCCUCAGACGCAGUGGCUGUGACAUUUUCAAAGAAGUUGAUGGGGAAUUUUUCGUUAGCGGUGCCCAUAUUUGUGGCCAUGUCGUGCUAUGGCUCCAUGAAUGGCUCCCUCUUGGUCCUGUCAAGAACAUUCCUGGUGGCAUCACGUGAAGGACAACUACCUGAGGUUUACUCCAUGAUUCACAUUCGCAGAAACACUCCAAUAGCUGCCGUCCUCAUACUGUAUCCAAUGACCAUGCUCCAGCUGUUUCUGGGAGACAUCUACAGUCUGUUAAACUUCAUGAGCUUUCUGCGGUGGUUAUCCAUUGGUGUGGUAGUCCUUGGUUUAAUCUACCUUCGAUACACCCGGCCAGACCUCCCACGUACCUUUAAGGUACCGAUCUUCAUCCCAGUGGUUUUCAGCCUUACUUGUUUCUUCAUGGUCUUCCUCUCGCUGUAUUCAGACCCACUCAACACAGGCAUUGGAUUUGCCAUUUCUCUGACAGGGAUCCCAGCCUACUACAUCUUUGUACACUUCCACCGUAGGCCCAAGUGGUUGCAAAGGGCUUUAGAUUCUAUCAAUAGAAGCUUACAGAUUCUCCUGGAAGUGGUCCCUGCUGAGCAAUAAUUGCAACCACAUCCUACGUCUUUGGAAAAUAAUAGCUACUCUAUACAUUGUCAAACAGUAAGUUCAAACAAGUGCUUUGUACAACCAGGAUCCAAACUUAAAUUAGUUUACACUACCUAUGAGCUUCUGUGUAUUUUACCUCAAUUUUCAACAACCUUUAUUAAACAACACUGUUGUGUGUCCUUUUCCUAACCACA